AUUUUAUCUAAGCAGCUUCAUAAGAUUGUUUAUUAAUCCUUCCAAGAACAAAAAUAUUUUUUUCGAAUGAUGUCUAUUUUAAAAACCUUAUUGCGGAUAUUUCCAAAAUCGUAAGAUUCAACAACCAUUUGCAACAAUCACUUCCGGAAGCUCUACGAAACAAAGAAUUUACGAUCACAACACUAAAAAGGUUGCAGAAUUAUUCUGUCGCCAAGAUAACUUUUCGCCAACUGCGGUUUCCGCCAACCUCUUUACCUCCGCGCAUGCUCCUUGAAAACGUAUGUCAUGAAGCAGAGUUUGACAGAAUGGUUGCAGUUCGUGUUUUGGUGUGUCUCGAACGCACGUGGGUUUAUUUUUGUUCUGACAGACCCCUGUGUCACACGUGAGGGCUCCAUUCUGGUAUAAAGACGAACUUUGAUAUAGAAAUGUUCAGAUUCGAACAAAUGGAGACUUUGUUCGUUCUUCUGCUUUUUCUACAUUUGCUUUUAUUCUUCGGGUCACCAAUGGCGAACGCUUUUGAGGAAUGUGAUGUCACCAAACAGAGGAAAUGUCGCCAAACUCUGGUAGCUGAACUCGAAAAACAAACGAGAGGUUCUGCGACAGAGACUACAAAAGAUUUGGAGCAGCGAUGCAGACGGUUGGAGGGCAACCUGAACUACUUGGUGUUGCAAGUGACCCGCUGUCCGACUCCUAACCGAAGUGGAGACCUUAUCAACAGAGUAUGGAAGUACAUGCAAGAUAACUGCGAUGCAUUCGGAGGAUGGUGGAGUUACGAUUGCUUUCAUCUGGAAGACAUGAAGAAAUGUGAAAAAAUAUUCGCUCUCAGAGAUUCAAAGGCAUCUCAAACUUCUUGCAGAGAAUAUGACCGUUUCCGGCAUUGCAUUGGAGAUGUGGUACAAAAGCAAUGUGACCGAGAAGACGUUCUUUCCAUGGGCAAUUAUUUGCUGGAUAGUGCUGGUGAAAUGAUCUGGACUUGCCCUCACCAAUCGGAGCCUCAGAAAUCGCCAAUCGUCGAUGAAGGGUUCGUAGGAGUGGAUCGUAAAGACACCGUUGGUCACGACCAGAGCAUCCAAUCCCACUCUGUUCUUCCACCGCCGCUAGGUAGUGCUUCAGGCAAGAUUGCGGUAGAGGAAUCGCAUUUGAGAUCUGUCUACAGCUCCGCUCUUACUGGAGAAUCGCCCUUCAUCACUGGAUGCAAUGCUAGGGCGACAGAAGAGAUGCGUGGCUGCUUGGAUCGCCAUCAGUACGAAAGGGAUCAGGCACUUGGAGCUCGUGACGAUGAAGACCGUCUGAGGAAAGAAUGUUGCGCCACCUGGAACUAUCGCCGCUGUCUUCAAAACGCCGUUCGAAUCCACUGUUAUGACACUCGAGAAGUCGACAUUCAAUCAGCAGUUGACGUCAUUCCUCAUGACCGAGGUUUUCUAUGUAGAAACCACUGGAUUUACACCUGCAACGGUGCACCCCGCCUCUUGAAUGAAGUCUCCGCUAUUCUUAUGACAUCCCUACUGUCAUUUCUAGUGUAUUCUACUUUCAUUCCUAGACGUCUGUGACAAUAAGAAAAUUUUGUAAAUAGUUUUUACCGUGCUGUAUUUAAGUUAUUUCAUUAAAUAAUUUGUUGAUUUU